AAAAAUGGGAGUGACUUUGACCAAAAACCAGUCCGAUGCUGAGAACUAUGCACAACUUAUAGAAGAAACCAACGUGGCUUACAUCCUGGAACAAGAACACCGUGAAAUAUUGGAAGAAAAAGUUUUUUACUCUUCCAAUGUAAUGAUGAAGCCUGAAAACUGGUCCAAAAACAAAUACUUUAACACAUUUUGCUUCGACCACAAUCGGGUAAUCCUUCCUACAGAAGACGGAGAAAGCGAUUUCAUAAACGCCAGCCAUGUCGACGGUUACAACAUUAAAGGAAGGUUCCUGUGCUGUCAGGCGCCGCUCCAAAAAACAGCCCAAGAUUUCUGGGAGAUAGUAUUCACUUUUCAAGCUCGGGUGAUUGUCAUGCUGACCAAAACAGUGGAAAAAGAAAGAGAAGCAUGUUAUCCGUAUUGGAGUCCUAGAAAGCGAACGAAAGUGCACCACGGUAAAUUCAUCAUUAAAACUCGAAAGAUCAAAACUUUUCGUGAUCACGUCGUGACCAGUCUACGAAUAACGGACGACACUAGAGCUUCGCUAAGUGUCAAGCAUUUCGCCUACACCGAUUGGCCGAGUAACAGCCUUCCUCAAAACCCAUCAAAAUUUCUAGACUUUGUUUUAUCAGUCAGAAAGGCUCAAUUAAUGGCCGAAUUUGAUUGCAAGGAUGGAAACGUUCCUCCUAUGGUGGUUCACUGCAGCGCCGGUUUAAAUCGAACAGGGGCUUUUUGUGCCCUUGAUAUCUGCUUAUCUCAAUACAACGAGAGGGCAACGAUUGCUCUUGCACCGAUAGUCCGUAAUCUUCGUAAACAAAGGUGUGGUUGUUUGUCUUUAUCUAAAUACUAUGUUUUUUGCUACCUGACGGUUUUGUUAUAUGCUAAGUUAGUUGCUGAUAAGAUAGAGGUGCCGACCGCCCUCACACGGGGGCCGGGGGCAGGUGCCGGGAAUAACCACGCGGCAGGCGCCGCCCCCGCCGCCCCCGCCGCCCCCGGGACCUUGCGUCGUGCCGCGGCCUCGCCGCCGAGGGAGCUGACCACGGGGUUAGUUCAGCCGGCGAUACGGAUCGAACAGUCAUCCGCGUUCAUGCCGCACCACGCUCCACGAGCGUGA